AUGGCUUCCCCCAAGGUCUUCCUCACUGGCGCCACGGGCUACAUCGGUGGGGACGGCCUCUACGCCGUCGCCAAAGCCCACCCCGACUGGCAACUAUCGGCCCUGAUCCGCAGCAAGGAUAAGGCGGCCCAGGUCACGGCCCAGUACCCCAAGAUCCGCGUGCUGCAUGGUGACCUGGACUCGACUGAUCUCAUUGAGGAAGAGGUCAAGAAUGCCGAUAUCGUCUUCCACUUCGCCGACUGCGACCACGUCGCCUCGGCCACCGCGAUUGCCAAAGGAGCUCAGCACCACACCCCCGAGCGCCCGGUUUGGAUCAUUCACACCUCGGGCACUGGCAUCCUAACAGUCGAAGACCAGCGCGCUGGCUCGUAUGGCAUCGAGCGGCCCAAGGAGUACAAUGAUUGGGAGGGUGUAAGUGAGCUGGUCAAUCUACCCUCGGAUGCCUUCCACCGCAACGUCGACGAGAUCAUCCUCGCCGCCAACAAGCAGGACCCCGCCGCCGUGAAGACGGCCAUCGUCUGCCCGCCCACCAUAUACGGACCAGGCCGCGGACCAGUCAACCAAAAGAGCUUUCAGGCGUACCACCUCGGCGCUGCAGUGCUGAGGCGCAAGAAGGGCUUCCUCGUUGGCCCGGGCCAGAACGUUUGGCACCAGGUCCACGUUCAGGACCUGAGCAACGUCUACCUUGCCCUGGGUGAAGCAGCCGCUGUCGGCGGUGGGAAGGCCACUUGGAACGACGAGGGCUACUAUCUUGCUGAGAAUGGGUCUUUCGUUUGGGGCGAUAUCCAGCGCGCUGUUGCACAGGCGGCUUUUGAGAAGAAGCUGAUUCCUUCGCCGGAGGUGGAGCAGUUGAAUGAUGCCCAGGUGACGGAGAUUCUUCCGGUAGGUGUUUAUGCUUGGGGCACCAACUCUCGUGGUCAUGCUAUUCGGGCGAGGAAGCUGUUUGGUUGGGAACCUAAGCAGCCGAAGCUGAUUGAUCUCAUCCCGAGCAUUGUUGAGCUCGAGGCGAAGGAUUUGGGCUUGCUGUGA